GUGGUGGGAGGCGCCGCAGGGGGCGGCAUCGUGGUGCGGGAAGGGGAGAAGCUAGCUUCCCCGGAGCUGGCGCGACUGGGUACCGGCGCGGUGGUGCGAGAGAAGGAGCUCAAGGCCGACCGGCUGCACUUCGAGUUGGUGUGCGGGGAGGGUCCGGCCAGCGGCUGGGUCAGCCUCAAGAUGAAGGGCCGUGACCUGGUGGUGAAAUGCGAAGGUACCCGGCCAUUCUGGCUGAAGCCGAGCCGGGUGAAGGGCAGCGUGCUGUUUCUGUCCAUCCCCUGGAAGGGGCACAUCGUUCACUUGCGCCGGAUAGGCCAGUGGUUUUUGGGACUGCCUGGUCUCCGGAUGCACUUCGCCUGCUUCCCAGCGGAGGAGGCAGACCUCCGGAAGCAGGGCUUUGAGGUCCAUGUGACGGAAGGUGAGGAGAGCGUGUGCUCCGAAUACUUCGCAGUGAUAGAGGACGGCUUCAGGGACCUGGCGCGCGGCGAGAAGCAGGCGCAGUCCGAGGGCGGGGCCAAGCUCCUUCAGUACGUGGUGAGGCACCAGGCGAGCUACAUGGAGAAGAACCAGGACCCUCUGGCCUCCUACUUCUCCUUCUGCUUCCGUGUGCUUGGUAGCGUGAAGCCAGAUGUGGUGGUUUGCGAUGGCUUCUGCGGCUACAGUAACCUGGUCCCGGCCUACUGCGCGGCGGAGCAGAUCCGCUUCCUUCCGGUGCAAUCCCCGGGGAUCCCGGAGGACUUCACCAAGAACGUGGAUGAGGGGGCACCACAGGUGGAGGACGACAAGCUGCCGCCCGAGAUCACGGCCAAGGCCUUCGGGGUGUCGGUGGAGCUGGUGAAGGCCAUGGAGCAGAAGGUGGAGCCCUCCCAGAUGCCCCAGGCGAACCCCAGCCAGCUAAGCCUCAUGGGCCUGGGCGGCAUGGUGACUUCGCUGCCUUUGGAGGUGGCGGGUUUCAUGGCGUCGCCCCUGGCCAAGAAGCUGAAGGUCCCCGUGAAGGUGGCCGGCGCCAUCAUCAAGAACCUGGCCACGGGCACCUACAUGGCGGAGAUCUAUCCCAGUACCAGGAGCGUGGUGGGGCAGCAGACGCUGAAGGAGCGGUGCCUCUUCGCAAGUCCCCUGCUGCCACUGCCCAAGCCGCUGGAGAACGGCCAGCUGCAGCGCGACAAGGAGACCUUCGAGGCCACGCUCGCGCCCGUCGAGCCCGAGCUCCUGGCGUGGCUGUUCAGUGAGGACAAGGCGCCCAUUGUCUACGUGGCCUUUGGCAGCAUCGUGAGGCCGAGCCAGGACAUGAUCUCGAAGCUGGCCAAAGCGCUAGACGGCGAGUGGCGGGUGCUCUGGGUGCUGCCCGACGAGCUGCAGGGCUUCCUGCCGUCGGAGCGGCCCGCGUCCUGGCGAGUGGAGCGGUUCGUGCCGCAGGCGGAUGUUCUGAAGUGUGACAGGCGGGUGGGUUCCGUGUGCGCGUUCUGA